AUGGCUGCCUUGAAUGCUACUGGAACAACGUCGUCAUGCCCUAAACCAAUGAAGGCUACGUCUAAUGGUGUCUUUCAAGGAGAUAAUCCUCUUGACUAUGCCUUGCCUCUUGCUAUCCUCCAAAUAUGUCUUGUUGUCUUGCUCACUCGUGUUCUCGCUUUUCUUCUAAGGCCAUUACGCCAGCCUCGCGUGAUCGCCGAGAUUAUUGGAGGUAUACUACUCGGUCCAUCAGCUCUGGGUCGAAACAAGCAUUAUCUGGAUAAAGUUUUCCCAGAUAAAAGCCUCACGGUGUUGGAUACUUUAGCAAAUCUUGGUCUGCUUUUCUUCCUGUUCCUUGUAGGCCUUGAGUUGGACCCGAAGUCCCUUCGUCGGACAGGAAAAAAAGCUUUAAGCAUUGCUCUUGCGGGAAUUAGCUUACCUUUUUUACUAGGAAUUGGAACAUCAUUCGCCCUCCGUGGAACUAUCAACCAAGGAGUAGAUAAAGCUCCAUUCCUUGUAUUCAUGGGGGUGGCCCUUUCUAUUACUGCUUUCCCCGUCUUGGCUCGUAUUUUGGCAGAACUUAAGCUUUUAACAACUGAUGUUGGUCGAAUGGCAAUGUCAGCAGCAGCAGUCAAUGAUGUGGCUGCAUGGAUAUUACUUGCUCUUGCUAUUGCCCUGUCUGGAACUGACCAUUCUCCCCUUGUAUCUUUAUGGGUAUUUUUGUGUGGGUCAGGAUUUGUUAUCGGUUGCGCAUUCAUUUUCCCUCCUAUCUUUAGAUGGAUGGCAAAUCGUUGCCCUGAGGGUGAGCCAGUGGAUGAAAUGUAUGUAUGUGCAACUUUAGCUGCUGUUUUAGCAGCUGGAUUUGUCACCGAUUCAAUUGGAAUUCAUGCCCUCUUUGGUGCAUUUGUUGUUGGAGUUCUUGUCCCGAAAGAAGGAGCAUUUGCUGGUGCUCUCGUGGAAAAAGUUGAAGAUCUUGUAUCUGGUCUCUUUCUCCCGUUGUACUUUGUUUCAAGCGGAUUAAAGACCAAUGUAGCCACAAUUCAAGGGAUUCAAUCAUGGGGUUUGCUGGUUUUGGUCAUUACUACAGCCUGUCUUGGGAAAAUUGUUGGCACUAUAGGUGUCUCGCUUCUUUGCCGAAUGCCUUUUCAGGAAGCUCUAGCUCUGGGGUUCCUAAUGAACACCAAAGGCCUGGUGGAGUUGAUUGUCCUGAACAUUGGUAAAGAUAGGAAGGUUUUGAAUGAUGAAACAUUCUCCAUCAUGGUUCUGAUGGCCAUUUUCACAACUUUUAUCACAACACCUUUAGUUAUGGCAGUAUACAAGCCGGCAAAACAGGCAAGCAGAGCUGAUUACAAAUACAGAACAAUUGAGAGAAAUGACCCCAAUACUCAGCUCAGGAUUUUGGCCUGUUUCCACUCAAGCAGGAACAUUCCCACAAUGAUUAAUCUCAUUGAGGCUUCGCGUGGGACUGACAAGAGGGAAGGACUAUGUGUCUAUGCCAUGCACCUUAUGGAGCUCUCUGAGAGGUCAUCUGCAAUACUUAUGGUCCACAAAGCAAGAAAGAAUGGGGUACCCUUUUGGAAUAAGUUGCAGCAGUCUGGUAACAACCAAGUAGUAGUUGCUUUUGAGGCUUUCCGGCAACUGAGCCGUGUGUUUAUACGUCCAACAACAGCAAUCUCACCAAUGUAUGACAUGCAUGAAGACAUCUGUGAUAGUGCUGAACGGAAAAGGGCUGCAAUUAUAAUCCUCCCAUUCCACAAGCACCAGAGGUUGGAUGGGACAUUUGAGACAACUAGGACUGAAUUUCAUUGGGUUAACAUGAGGGUUCUUGAGAAUGCGCCUUGCUCUGUUGGUAUCUUGGUGGACCGUGGGCUUGGCGGAGGCACACAUGUACCUGCAAGCGAUGUCUCCUAUUCUGUGACUGUUCUAUUCUUUGGGGGGCGCGAUGAUCGUGAAGCCCUUGCUUAUGGAGCAAGAAUGGCUGAGCACCCUGGUAUCAGUUUAUCUGCUAUUCGCUUCACUGCAAGCCCUGAGAUUGUCGGAGAAAUUGUCAGAGUUGAUAUAAAUGAUGACUACAACGUUUCGGCGGAAUCAACUGAUGAUGAAUUUAUAGCUGAGUUCAAGAAGAAAAUCUCAAAUGACAGCUCAGUCAAAUAUGAAGAGAGAGUAGCAAAUAAUGCCGCAGAAACUUUCGAAGCUGCUAAGGAGUUCAGUCGCUGCAAUCUGUUUCUUGUUGGCCGAGUGCCUCAGGGUCCUGUAGCUGCAUCUUUGAAUGUAAAGGUUGAUUGUCCUGAACUAGGGCCUGUAGGAAAUCUUUUGAUUUCUCCUGAUUUCACAACUUUAGCGUCAGUCUUGGUGAUGCAGCAGCGUACUAGUUCAGCAUCUUCUAGGCAUGGCUCAGCGGGUGGUUCAACAAAGGUUGCAGAGAUGCCUGCGGAAGAUUCAGAAACUGGCUAG